AUGUCGCUCCGUCGCCAGUCGGCCCGCGUGCCGCAGACGCCUCGCAUCAUCUCCCCCAGCCCGACGCCGUCAGAACGAGACGCGCAGGAGUACGUGGGCCCCAUGACCCGGAGUCGAAGAAAGGCCCCGGCGCAGCAGGCGGUGGACGAGGUCAGCGACGAGAGCAGCUCCUCCGGGCCCCGAAGAUCCCGCACGAGAAGCCGCUCGCCCCUCGAAACGCGCGCGCCUCGCACGGCCAAGACGCCAAAGGCAGCAGCGCCCAAAACAGACCAGGACGGCAUCAUGGCGACGGCCACGACGACGGCGACGGCAAUGGCCUCGCGGCUGGCCACUACCAACACCAACGGCCAUCUGGCGCCUCCCCAGCCCACGUCGACGGGAUGGAGCUGGCGCGACUUCAGCCGCAGCCCCAGUCCUCUGGGCCUCAUCCCCAUCCACAGGCACUGGCGGACGUUUGUGCACAAGCAUGAGGUCCCGCGCAAGGCGCUGCACGUCUCCAUCGGCUUCUUCGUCGUCUGGCUCUACAGCUCGGGCACCCAGACCAGCGCCGUGCCGCCGUACCUCAUGGGCGCGCUGGUGCCCAUUACGACGGUCGACUGGCUGCGGCACCGAUACGCCUCCUUCAACCGGCUCUACGUCAAGGUGCUCGGCGCCCUCAUGAGGGAGAGCGAGUACUCGGGCUGGAACGGCGUCAUCUUCUAUCUCCUCGGCGCCUGGAUCACCCUCUACUUCUUCCCCAAGGACGUGGGCGUCAUUAGCGUCCUGCUCCUCAGCUGGUGCGACACGGCCGCCAGCACAUUCGGCCGCCUCUGGGGACGAUACACCCCGAGGCUGCGCCGCGGCAAGUCCCUGGCCGGAUCGCUCGCCGCCUUUGUCGUCGGCGUGGCCACCUCCUAUCUGUGGUAUGGGUGGCUGGUCCCGACGCUGGGCCCCAAGCCCGGCGACGAGAACUUUAUGUUCACAGGCACUCUGUCGCUGCCGCGCGCAUUGGUGGAUGCUGUCGGCAUCCCGGAGAGCAUGACCUCCGUGUCCGGCUCGGUGGCCCUUGGCAUCAUGAGCGUCUGGUCCGGAUUUGUGGCCUCGGCCAGCGAGGUUGCCGACGUGUUUGGAUGGGACGACAACUUGACGAUCCCGGUGCUUAGUGGAAUUGGUAUCUGGGGGUUUCUGAAGCUGUUUGGCUAG